AACACAGACCUUUGUCAAUCUGGCUGCUGCCUGUCAUAAUUUACAGUAGCUUUCACACUGUGGCUAUCACUGCCAGGUUGAGAAUAACACAUUUCAAUCCCGAAAUGGUGCUGCUGACAAUGAUCGCUCGGUUGGCGGAUGGACUGCCGCUGGCCGCAUCAAUGCAAGAGGACGAACAGUUGAGUCGAGACCUGCAACAGUACCAGAGCCAGGCUAAACAGCUGUUUAGGAAACUCAAUGACCAGAGUCCCACACGUUGCACAUUAGAGGCUGGCUCCAUGUCCUUCCACUACGUCAUAGAAAAAGGAGUAGUCUACCUAGUGCUGUCUGAAGCAAGCUUUCCCAAAAAACUUGCCUUUGCUUACCUGGAAGACCUGCAGGCAGAGUUCCAUGAACAGCACGGGAAGAAAGUCCCCACUGUGUCUCGACCGUACUCCUUCAUUGAGUUUGACACCUACAUUCAGAAGACCAAGAAGUCGUACAUAGACAGCCGAGCCCGUAGGAACCUGGGCAGCAUCAACACAGAGCUGCAGGAUGUCCAGAGGAUCAUGGUGGCCAACAUUGAGGAAGUGUUGCAACGAGGGGAGGCCUUGUCUGCUCUGGACUCCAAGGCCAGUAAUCUGUCCAGCCUGUCAAAGAAGUACAGAAGUGAUGCCAAGUACCUGAACACUCGCUCCACCUACGCUAAGCUGGCCGCCGGAGGGGUCUUCCUUAUGCUCAUUGUCUACGUCCGCUUCUGGUGGCUCUGAGAGAGGAGAGGAGAGGAGACAGGAGGGGUUGGAGAAGAAGAGCUGAUAGAAGUUUAGCUGUGGUCUCACAUUCCAUCCAAUAUGGGAUCCCUCCUUUUAACACAAGACUGUUGAAGUAGACACACACCGACACCGCAUGUUAUUUUUCCAACUGUCUGUCCAUAGAUCUAUCAUGUAAUUACAAAUGUUAUGUUUUAUUAACAAUUACAC